CCUCAAUCUGUCCUGAGUGGUCUUUCGAAACGGUUCGGCGUGUAGUAGACGCGAGCAUCUCGCCUAUUUCCUACUGAUGCCGACCUGGCCGUGUGUGUUUUCGACGAUAGUAAAUAUGGAUUAGCUGCUAUCCUUUCCAUCGUGCAGUGAUAUCUCUACCAAUUAGCCUGCCACGUGUUCUUGUGUGUGAGUGUGUGUGUGUAUCUAUUGAAGUGUGCUAAUUCAGUUCGCUCAACUAGAGCGUUGGCUCAUGUGGGUUGUCAGCGUUCGUUUGUGACGACGCAAAACAACGUGGAAUGUUAUGUUUACGAGUGGCUGGAAUAAUUUAUCACUAGAACUAAAAACCGCAUUCUACAAGCACGCACACAAGUACCAUUGUCAAUCCGUCGUCGAGAAAGGAAACAAACAACCGCAAAUUCGGGCGACGACAACGACGACGACGACGACGACGACGAUAACAAAUGUACGACGCCAGCAGCGUGUGGCCGUGUUCCGUGUGGCUAAGAUUGUGUGUUUCGGUGCGCCGCGAUUUCAUCUAACAUGCUUGAAUCCCAUUACGCGGCACGGAUGCUGCGGCGCAUUGAGAUGAUGCACUGGUGCUGAUUGCCGCGCAAUUCCAGCAAAUUCCUCAACACCGCGACCACGUGCGUGUGUGUGUGGUUAGAGUCGUUGUUGUUGUCGUGGUAAUCAUAGGUCGUGGUUGGUGUUGUUCGCGCGUUCGAGAGUGUGUUAAUCCAAUUGGCAACCGGGAGCAGCAGCAGCAGCAGCAGCAGCUGAUGCUCGCAGCAGAUGAUCGUGUCUCUGUUGAAUGGGGGAAUAAAAUCGGUGCCCCAUUCUGUUGUGGCUGUGCGGUCCGUUCGCUUCUAGACCGUUCGUUGAAUGGCGCGCUAAAGUGCUGUGAAAGUGUGGCCUGCAUGUCCAUUGUUGUGUUGCGUCGGAAACGCACGUGUAGCCAAAGCAAAACAUACCGUGAGAGUGCGAGCGAGCAUAACUAUGUGUCUAGAUUUAUUGCUUCAUUGUUGGUAGUAAGAACUGGUAAAACGCAAACGCAAACGCAACGACCAGUACAUGGCAUGUGCGGCAUAUCAUACGCCUUCGUAACCACAAACCCGGUGAAGCCCUACAACUCGAUUUCCCGCCAACGUGCGGCAUCACCGGAAAUGGUAACGAAGCGUCGCGGAUCGCAAAUCCCGAAUUGUGACCAAAAAAAUUUAAAAAAAGUGAAGGUCCACAAGUGGGCCUGCAUGUGCUGAUACGGAGUGACCUCUCAGAAACGACAUCUGAGUGAAGAAAUUAAUUUAAAAAAAAAAGGAUAACGCGCGUCGCAAACCGAGGUCGUAUGUGCGAGGCGAGGACGCGGUUGGUGCGACAGACAGGAGGUCUGCUCCUGCCGCCGCAGUAUUUGGUGUAUUGUGGCCUCGCCGGGACCGUACAAUAAGAUAAAAUUAAUCCAUUCUGCUGCUACACUCGCGGGCUUAAGUGCGCGACGGCGAAAACCUGUUUGCCUACUCCGAGCACGAAGAAAGGCCAGAGGGGAAGCGAACAGUGUAGCGAGCGCACCUACACCUACGAGUGGCAUUCCUGGGGGCCCAAGUGUCUCGAAGUGAGAGAGUGGCGACGCCAAUUGACGAAAAGCAGUAGUGUGAAGUGAAGCAUGAGAAGAAGAGAGUGGUGGAUAAAGCAACUCAAGAUAUUUCCACCUAAAAUGGUGCGUGUCGGGUUCUGUUCGUCCUCGCUGGGGCUGGCACUGUUGCUGGUGGCCGCGUACGGUGUCGUCCUGGGAACGUGCUUCGAAAGGCACCUACCGUUCGCCCAAAACUACUCCGAGCAGUUCCAGUUCGAGUGCUUUCCAGCGUCCGAUAAAGUCAAUCUGACACCCCGGUUCACGACGGCGAAAGGGAACGACUCGAUCGCCAUCCAGGUGUCGCGGCGCUUCACGCACCAGAUGGUGUCACGGAUCUAUGCGAUCUUUCUGCGCGAAGUGCUUGGCUAUCAGAACGUGAAGCUGGUCGAGUUCCCGGAAGCGGCCCGCCUGCCAGAUGCAGAAACCGAACGCAUUCGUCAGUUCCUGCUACUGGAUCACCUAUCAAAUGUUGGAGACGGAUGGCCGGACCCAACGAUCGAUCUGGAAGUGUGGCUCCUGUCGGACUAUAAUAUGAUUCCGACGGGAAUUCAGGAAGCGGGAGCCAUUACGCACCCGGGUCGGUAUGGGUUGUUCAUCCCGAAAUCACUGGUCCGCAAGGAAGAAGCCUAUCCGAAGGUGCUGCCCUACACCCUGUUCCAGCACGACCCGAACAAUCCACGGUACCAGGACUUCAUCAAAAAGUACGACAUCUCGGAGAGUAUGUUCGAAUCGAUCGUCCGCUACGCGGAACGAGCUUGCGGUCGCGACUGCAACGAGCAGGGUAUGUUCGUGCCGGAACAGUGUACCGUGGAGGGCCGCAAAUGCGGGCUAGUGCUUGCGCCCCACUACGAGGAUACGCACUUUCUCGUGAAGCACAUCGUCGAGAUGCAGUUCCAGCUGAAGGUGCUGUGGACGGGCGCUAAACUGCAGCUCGCGAUUCGUCAGCUGAUGGCCGCGUACGGCGGUGAGCGGAAGGUGGGCAAGAAGUUCCUCGUCUUCUACUGGACACCAUCGGAGGUGAUCAACAGCCGCCAGCGGGAAUACCUGCAGGUGACGAUGCCUCGUUGCGAGGAGAUGGCCGUCAGCAACGAUACGGGGUGCAAGUACGAGCUGACGCCCCGGUUGAAGUACUACGCGAGGAACUUCGCCUCGGCGAACCAUGCCCUCAACUCGUUCAUACAGCUGCACUUCGACGAGUACGAUAUGGAGCACCUGUUCGAUCUGUACGAUCUAUACGAGGAUCGGAUACUGGCGGCCCAGGACGAACAAAACCUCGAGUACAGUAAGCAGAGUUUGAUCGAGAACUACAAUGCGAUCGCCUGCGAUUGGAUGAAGAGCCGCAAGUACAUCUGGGAAAAAUGGAACCCACAAGCAGAGAAGGAGAAGAUCAUCAUUGGUGGCAUUUUCCCAAACACAGGGAUGGGCCCAUCGUAUCGCGGUAUUCUGCCGGCGGCAUUGGCGGCCCAAAAUGACAUCAACUACAAUCAAACGAUACUCAGCAAUUACGUCCUGGAGGUGCAUGUCAGGGAUGGUAUGUGUAAACCGGACGAGGUGUUGAAGCAGUUCAUCAACUACUACCUCCAACGGUCACCGCUGGUCGGAGUGUUGGGGCCGGCUUGCAGUGAAACGAUCGAGCCGAUUGCAGGAAUAUCGAAGCACUUCCGAAUGGCUGUCAUCUCGUAUUCGGCCGAAGGGGCCUCCCUGACCGAUCGCGAAACGUAUCCAUACUUCUUCCGGACCAUUGGUGAGAACCAACAGUACAAACACGUCUACGCCCAGCUACUGCCGAAGCUAAACUGGCACCGGGUGGCGGCACUCACGGAGGAUGGUCAGAAGGCUACCGAGUACAUCUCGUACAUGGAGCCGAUGCUGAAGGAGCACAACAUUGAGCUGAUAUCGAAUAAAAAGUUCCCGCGUGAUCUGAAGGACAGUGACAUGCAACGGUAUCUGCUAGAUUUAAAGAUGAAAAAUGCCAAAAUCAUCAUCGCUGAUGUAGACGACAGGAUGGUCAAGGUUGUCAUGUGCCACGCGUACCAUUUAGAGAUGACGAGCGAAAAUGGAUACAUCUGGUUCUUGCCGAUGUGGCUGACGAAUUUGUGGAACCAAACCGUGCUUCCUUCGAACGGCGGGAAUAGUAGCUCUCGGUCUUGCACGUUGGAGGAGUACCGGCAUGCCAUGAAUGGUCACUUCUCACUGUCUCAUGCACCGUUCGCCGAUGAUAAUAGCCGCCUGGAAGUGGACGGAUCGACUGUUAGCAGUUGGAAGAAGAAAUACAACCGAGCACUACAACAGCAAUGCUUCAACAGAUGCAAUGCAUCGGAUUACGCUGGCUACGCGUAUGACGCCGUCUGGGUGUACGCGCUCGCACUCGACAAGUUGCUGCGUAAUGAUCCGUCCUCCUUCAGCGAUUUGCAUUCGCCGGAGACGACCAAAAAACUAAUCGAGAAUAUACAAAAGACCGACUUCCAGGGUGUAUCCGGAAGGAUUCGCUUCAAUGAGGCCGGCUCACGCUACACCAUCAUCAACGUGGUCCAGUUUAUCAACGGGACACCGAACAUUGUGGGCCAUUUCACGCCCAACAUCUCCGAGAGCAAGUACGAGCUGAUUAACGGGGAGCUGCACCUGAACGAGUCGGCGAUCGUGUGGUUGACAAGGGAUGGCCGAGCACCGGAUGAUGGUGCGGAGGGGUGCUCUCUGGAUGGGCUGGCCGCCCUCUUCGACAUUAGUUGCGAUCAGGCGAAAGUAGUGUUGAUCACGGCGUCCUGUGCCGUCUGUAUUAUGGUGCUUUCGGUGGGUUCGUUCUGCUUCUGGAAGGAUCGAUACGAUCGGAAGAUGAAAACGUCGGCCAAGUACCUGCAGAAGCUGGGCAUCGAUCUGCUAUCACCGUCGGCCAUCCCCUUCAACACGCUGGACAAGUGGGAGAUCCCGAAGGAUCGUGUCGUGAUCAAUCGCCGGCUUGGCGAGGGCGCAUUCGGUACGGUGUACGGCGGUGAGGCGCAGAUUGAGGAUGAAGGCUGGACGGCCGUGGCGGUGAAGACGCUCAAGGUUGGCUCCACCACCGAGGAUAAGGUGGACUUCCUGUCCGAGGCGGAAGCGAUGAAGCGCUUCGAUCACAACAACAUCGUCCGGCUGCUGGGCGUCUGUCUGCAGUCGGAACCGGUCUACACGAUCAUGGAGUUCAUGCUGUACGGUGAUCUGAAGACGUACCUGCUGGCUCGUCGUCAUCUGGUCAACACGAAGCAGACGGAAGACUCGGACAUCUCGAACAAGCGACUUACGAUGAUGGCGCUCGAUGUGGCGCGCGCUCUCUCGUAUCUGGCCGAGCAGAAGUACGUCCACCGGGACGUGGCCUGCCGGAAUUGUAUGGUUAAUGCGCAGCGUGUUGUCAAGCUCGGUGACUUCGGUAUGGCGCGGCCCACGUUCGAGAACGACUACUAUCGCUUCAAUCGGAAGGGUAUGCUUCCGGUGCGCUGGAUGGCACCGGAAUCCCUGGCACUCGGUUACUUCACGCCAGCGGCUGACGUUUGGUCGUACGGUGUGCUGCUGUACGAGAUCAUCACGUUCGGAUCGUUCCCAUUCCAAGGAAUGACGAAUAAUCAGGUGCUGGAGCACCUGAAGAACGGCAACACGCUCACGAUACCGACCGGCGUGAAGCCGCAGCUCGAGGGACUGAUGAAGGCGUGUUGGAACCGCGACCACAAGAAGCGACCGUCCGCGUCGGAGGUGGCAGAUUUCAUUUCGAACUAUCCGCGACUGCUCAACCCGUGUCUGGAUGUACCACUUGCCUCGGUCGAGAUGGUCGAUACGGAUAGCGAUCAGUUCGAGCUGCUGCCGGCACUGCUCCGGUACAAGGACGAUCAUCAGCAGCAGCAGCAACCGACGGCGGAUCUGCUCGUCGGUACGCAGCCACUGAACGAUCUCAACAAUGGCUACAACAACGUCAGCAUCAUGGCAACCGGUGGUAACCAACAGCGGCAGCGUCCACGAGCCAUCAAUCUGAACGAUCUGAACGUAGCAACGGACUUCACAACCGUCAACCCAUUGCCACCGAUGGAUGAGGAGGACUUUGACGGGAGUUAUCCUGGUCCGGGUCAACAUCAGAAGCAUCAGCACCAGCGUAGCGGGCCGCACCGAGAUACCGCAACCGGCAGCAGUAGCAACGGUCAAAGUUCGUACAAUCCAAUCGAACCUUUGCUGCAGCGCAACACCGAAGUUACGAAGAGCAAUAACAGCCUACUCCGGUACAUGCCAAUGUUUGGUUUCGGCAAAGGCAGAACAGUAACCAUCGGUGGGACAACGAUCGUGACGGGAACUGGUAGUGGCGGUAGCGGUUUAGGCACUGUGCAGGCGACCACGAUUGGUCCGAUUAUUGGAGCGAGUCCACUGGGUUCGCCGACCCUAUCCCAAUCACCAACUGGAUCCAUUCUGGGUACGAGCGGUGGUACGAUGAUUGUGAACACGCGCAGCACCAGCACAACCGUUCUAUAGCCUCGGGCCAGUGCACGAGCGGUUGGAUUGAAUGAAUGUAUCGGGAAUGUGAAAGCAAAAUGAAACCAAAACUCUUUUUAACUUAGCCAACGAUCCUAAGCACUAGACCGGUGUAACUCCUAGCUGUGUAUUGGAGAAAGACACAAAUUCGACCAUCCCGCGUUUGUAUCGCAGACCUUUAGGGAUGGUACAUCUAAAGCAUUUCACGCAUAGAUACAAUAUCACACAGACCAGACCAGACCAAACCAUUGGCAAAACGUUGAUGCUUGGCGAGUGGAAGUAAACACUGCCAAAGCGACAGCCAAACCCCGCAAGACACUAAUCUCAACAGUACAAACUAACUCAUACCGUCCAGAAUGAUAGUCGCCGCUCUCUCGCAAAUAUGCUACGCCAGCGAAGCGAAGAGGCACUAGAUCCACGAUCAAUAGGUUAGUAGCAGCAGGAGCGACUAGUAGAGUGCAUAUUUUAAUUCUAAGCUAUUACUAUACUGGAACCGUUACCUAGGGAUUGGUGGUUGCUGAGGUUUUAUCGGUUCAGCCAACCAAACGAGACACCCAAUAAUCUGACAUAGCCAAAUUUUAUUCCUCUACACACCAAGCAUCGCAUCACCAGGAUGUGGUGUGGUGGGCAAGAAGAAGUCUCCUAGCAGUAGGCAAAUAACCGACGUUAAGACAUGUUCCUUAUUGUCCUGCCUAGCGGACAAAGUGAGAGAACCGAUAGUUCUGUUACUCAAACCAUGAAGAUCCUUUUAUAUUAUUCGAGAAACUCUGCUCCUGCUUAUCCAGGCGAGUAUGCUAGCUGGUAAGGAAAGACACGUUAGAUGCCACAUGGGAACGGCAAUUGAAGGCAAUAGGAAAGCAUCAUUACUGUAACCAGAAUCCUAUCGAGCCCUCUUAGGAGCUCCCUUCGAAAAGCUCUAACAAGGCCGGUAAUUUUCGAAUACACCCCCAACCAGAGAGAGAGAUAUAUAUAUAUAUAGAAGGCGAUCCCGAGGCUCAUGAGUGGAAGAAGAAGGCUUUCGCAAUCUCAAAAGACUGAUUAGCUGGUAAGUGGUCCAUUGUGGAACCAGAGGAUCAGAGGCGCGUGGGAAACCUCUACCUCAUCCCUUUUUUUAGCUAGCCUCAAUAUAGCGCAUUCGCUAAAGCAAAAAAGUAAUCAACAUUUAAUUCAAUACUUUAUCAGCGUUCGGAGGGUGUUCCAGAGGAAAGGUAGGCGGACAGUAGCGAAUGUAGGAAAUACAGUAGAUAGCAGCAAGCAGUAGGGGAGAACACUUUCCUUCAGACGACGAUAAUUAAUCAGCAUCCCUACAUGCGCUGAAAUAGAGAAAUAUAUAUAUCCAUACAUUCAUACAUAUGUAUAUUAUUGACAAAUAUUCUCUGAAUUUGAAUAAACAAAAGAUUUCAAUUAAAAACAGCAAUCCGCCAACAACACCUUACCUACUUACUACUCUUGACCCUAGGUUCGGCGAUAUUCCCGGUGACAUCGGAUUGUGUUCAUCAGCAAUCCACAU